GCAAAGCAAACAGGUUAGAGACAAACUACACAAUAUAAGUGUGUGUGCGAGCUGGUAUUGGUUCUCUACGUCUCUUUGGUCAAGUGUGUGUCUCUCGAUUGAAACUUUGAUCAAAAGAAAGAAUGGGAAGAAUCCCAGCCAAUAAUGCUUUCCUUUCAUAUUGAAAAUAGCUUCUCUGCAAAAUCACCCAGUGGAUUCUUGGUGGCUAAGGAAGAAGCUUGCGGGUUUAUUAGAGGAUAGAUGAGUUUCGGAGCAAUUGAGGUUCACAAGUUUUGGGAGUUGAAUCAUAGGCUGUAGUGGGUGGAUCUAAGUGACCGACUUUUAAGAGAUGAGGAAAUGUCAAAUUAUUGGGACUGUUUGGAGAGGACAAGGUAAUAAAAAGAAACAUUAUUAGGAAUUAUUAACGAGAGUGAAAGUGACAGAACCAAUAGCUGGGUAAAGGUGGUAAGUCUCAGAUGGGUUGGUGAGUAACAAAUAGCAAUCACGUUGGUAUAUAAAAACUGCACAGCUUUGCAGGGAAAUGGGAAACACUUGCCAUCUUUACCGGAAUUCAGGUACUGGGGUUCAAAUUAAUUGUUGCUUGCUAAUGGUGGGGACUUAUUGAUGUACUAGAUUUAGAAGUGAAUGACUGGUAUAUGUAGGAUACAGUAGGCGCGGGUUUGGAUUUAUCUGAUCAGAUUCUUUGUUUGGUCGGGCAUAGUAGAUUGGGGAUUAUUGAAGCCGUGUUUAAGAUGUAGCAACUAUUUAUUGUCCCAUCAUGGCUGUAAAGUUAUGAACUACAAUUUAUAGCUGCAGAAGAUUAGCGGUGGAAAACUGAUUUUCUAGCAAGUGGGGAUGCUCUGGUUGGCUAUACAUUUAAUACACUGGUCUCCAUCUAUGUAGGUUUUCGGCUAGGUUGCGCAGAUCUGAGAAGCCUUGCUUCUACAAACUCGAAGAGAGCACAAUGAUUCAAUACUGUUCCUUGUACUCGUAUUCAGGAUUUGCUUUGCUUCAGAGCCCGGUCCUCUGAAACAGUGCUGCCGCACACUGUGUAGCAUCUGGUGACCAGUUGCUUUUGCAUUAUCUGAAGAAGAUUUUGAAGUUAGUUUAUGAAUUCCCUGUUGGUGAUGGAGUGGAAUGAGAAGCAUCCUUCACUAUGGGACUGGGAGAAUGUUUUCAUGUUUGGAGCAAAAGUAACUGAAAAUCCGAAGAAGCUUCAACCAACAGACUGGAGUGUUGAAGGAGAACGAGGAAUGAACUCUGAAUCUUUCUAUUCACCUGGGGGUGAUGGGGGAAGUGGUGUUUCUGGCUCUGACUUAGGAGACGGUACAUCAAAGAGUUCAAAAUCAGGUUCUGUGAAUUCUUCAGUUGGGGAAAGUAAGAAAUCCAACUUCAGCCUUGAGGCUUUUGAAGGUUUCCCAAAGGAUUUUGUUGAUAAAAAACAAUCAGCUAGAGAAGCUGAAGCCCUUGGAUCUUCGCCAACUCAUGAGAUUUCAGCUGGCUCUGGUGAGCCAUUGCUCAGCCUAAAGCUUGGUAAGCGGAUGUACUUUGAAGAUGUUUGUGCAGGAAAUAAUGCUAAGACCUCUGCUGUGUCUGUUAUAUCCACACCAAUGGGAACAAAAGCAAAGAGAUUUAAGUCCAUUGGUCAAAGUACAGCUGCUACUCGCUGCCAAGUUGAAGGCUGCAAUAUUGAUCUCUCAUCAGCGAAAGAUUACCAUCGCAAACAUAGGAUUUGUGCAAAUCAUUCCAAAUCACCAAAGGUCGUUGUUAAUGGUGUGGAACGUCGGUUUUGCCAGCAAUGUAGCAGGUUCCAUGGCCUUUCUGAAUUUGAUGAAAAGAAGAGAAGCUGUCGCAGGCGUCUUUCAGAUCACAACGCAAGGCGUCGCAAACCACUGCCAGGAGCACUGCGAGAUCGAGCGAGGCUGUCCUCAUCACUGUACAGUACAGAUGGGAGGCAAGACAUGAGCCUUGUUUUGGACCAAGCCCCAUGUGUCUACUCGAGGAAUGCUACAAAUUUAUCAUGGGAUGGCGCAUGUAGCUUCAGGUUGACACCAACAAAAGAUUAUUUUCCAAAUCCUGCAAAAGGAGGAGGCACUUCCAGACAGCUAAAUUUGGCUGAAAAUCGAACUUCAAGUUCCUUAACAAUGCUUUAUCAAGAUUCUAGUAGGUUGCCACCAUCUAAGGGCACAGCAUCACAAGUUCUAAAUCGAGGUGCCGAAGAAUCUAUGAUCUCUUUCAACCUGGAUGCACCGCAGAAUCUUAAUCGUGCUCUCUCUCUUCUGUCAACCAGUUCGUGGGCUUCAUGCGAGGCAAAACCUGUUUCACUUGAUAAUACCAAUCACAGUUAUCAUACCAACAUGCCCCGGCCUGUGAUGCAGGCAAUGAACCAAGGCUUGCCAUUGUCGUCAGAAUACUGGCAAAAUGAACAGCCAUCCCUCGACACCACCCAAGUGAAUGUCUCGCAUUCACAGAGUAAUGGCAGCAACCAAUAUCAGGAUCUUCAUUUGUUCAAGGGGCCCUAUGAGUUCGGCUAUAACACCAACCAAUUCAAUUAAACUCUCAACCCAGAGGACUGUUCUUGCGGCCUUAGAAUCUUACCUUUCUUAAGGAACCUCGAAACUGCUUUGGUUAACCCCGUCUUGCUCUAAUCGCAUAGAAGAACUCGGUGAAUUCAGAUUGCGGUGCGAAUUCAUGACAUGAUAAUAAAUUUGACUUGUGAACUGUUGUAUUUGUCUUAACUCGUGUAGAAUGUUCUGAACUCAGACUUAACGGCGAUUCGGGAAAUCCCUAGUUAACCUCUUUCUAAGAAUGCUCGACUGAACUAUUUGAAUAUAAGUCCAAUUUCAUUUCUUCAUAA